AUGUCAUAUCCCACAGUACAGCACACGAUUGAUUCAUGGCUGAGUUCCUCCAAUGAAUUCAACGACCAAGACAAAACCUUAAACAAACAAUUGCCAUCGGCUCUGCUAUCCAAUUUAUCAUCGAUUUUCGUGAGCACAGUAGCUUAUUUCAAUUUGACAAAACAAGAAGCUUUGGAUACAAUUGCCUAUUUCUUGUAUGAAUAUCAGGACAUUGUCCAUUCACAGUUACUGGAUUCCUUUCUGGAUCAUGGUCUAUUGACCUUGAAUCAUGCAUCGCAAUUAAAGAUCAAUUACAACAUUGCAUGUUCAGGCAUUUUUAUACCGCUCACCAAAUGCUAUUCACCGUCAUGUCAACCAAAUGAUAUGUCAUGUUACUCUGCACUGUGUCCAAACAAGCGUAUGUCAAGUCUGUUGCACAUUUACAAUGACUUUCAACAGCAGCAAGAACAGCAGCAACAGGACACACCGCCCAACAAGCGAGACUGGAUUUCGACAAUACCCCAUCACAUUCGAGAUUCUAUUAGUCGAAAAGAGUUGAAGCGACAGGCUGGCAUUGCAGAGCUGCUAUCCACCGAGCAAAACUACUGCCAUGAUUUGGACAUUCUUCACCGUGUGUACGCCAUCCCACUGCUGGAGUCCACCGAGAUCAUUGCGAACCCAUCAAGGAGGCAGCGCUUCUACAAUAACGUGUUUGGGAACUACCUGGACAUCACUCAUCUGCACCACUCAUUUUAUCAACGGCUUGUCUCUCAUAACAGACAUUCUGGCUUCUUUAUAGGCCGUGUGGGGACCAUUAUCAUGCAACAUGUAACAAACUUGAUUGAGCCCUACAUUCAGUAUGCAUCCAAUCAUGUCAGAGCUAUCUAUUGCAUGACUAUUGAGCACAGAAACAACCCUCAAUUUGCAUCUUUUCUGGAGACGCAGAACGCACAAAAAUGCACCAGAAGAUUAGGCCUUCGACACUACCUGACAUCGCCUACGCUAUGGAUCGGCAAGUUAAAGCUACUGAUUGAAGCCAUUCUCAAGAACACUGUGGAUGAUGCUGAUCAAUUAUCACUGAAAGCAACAUUGGCUAUCCUGCAUGAUACGCUGUGUCGUAUGAACAGCUCAACUGCCGCCAACAGCUCUGCAGAAGACUUUCGCUUUGAAGAGCUGUCAAUCUCCAUCUACUAUGGACAGCAGCCGGAACUACAGCUACUUUCGUUGCCUGACGACUGCACGCUGAUCAAGGAAGAAGCGCUGUGGCUGGCUCGUUCGACGCACCCUCUGCAGCCAUCCUUAUGCCACUUGAUGCUAUUCUCCCAUGCAUUGAUUCUUACGCAUCCCAGGGUAUCCAACGGAAGAACAGAAUACAUCGUCAUCCAAGUCAUCCCCAUCCAACUGCUGAUGAUUGACUCUAGUACAUCAUCCAUGAUUCGCCGCAUCUCUUUUGCAUCCACAUCCAUGGUGUCCACGCCACUGCAUCUCAUUAGCAACUUGCGUCGACAAAAGAGCAUCAAUUCAGAAGCUUCCAACAGCACCGACAGUGCUGAUAGCAGCGAUUCGUGGUACAAGAGCAACAACACUACGCUGAGCAGAAGCAACACAACGGGCGGCACAGCGGCUGCUGCUUCGUCAGUCAAACAUGUACAUACAGUCUCGCUCUCUGACCGAAAAAAUAGAGUCCUGCUGCCUUCCCAGAUCAAGACAAAACUAUCCAAACUCAAAAACAACUUUAGAUGGAGCACCAGUUUCUCGGUCCCAGCUUCGCCUACUACCAACACUGGUGAAGUCUUGGUCACUCGCCGCGAUUCUGCACCUGCAUUGCUCCUAUCCAAGCGCAGAGAAGCGCCACUCGAUUCAAUCAAGCAGCAAGAACAGCAGCAGCAGCAGCAACAGCAGCAGCAAAGCAGACACCAACAACAGCAGCAAAGACGGACGCUCAAGAUUAGCCACAUGGCUUACCCAGAAAACUCUUUCAAGCUUGAAUUCCUCUCCAGAUCGGAUAGACUCUUUUGGGAGAACCUAAUACGAAAUACACUGCUUACCAAUGAAAAGAAAAAUGAAGUCUUUAGAAGAAAGAUGAUGUUUAAAUCGCUCUCUGUGGCAAAUGCCAGCCUCAGUGGAAACAGCACAACACAUGCUUCAUCAUCACAUGUAACCAGCAUUGCUAGGAUAAAGUGCGCCUAUGCUUUUGCUUACUUUGAUAAACAUACUGGCUUCCAUAGCAACCUUGUGGCUUUUGGUACACCUUAUGGCCUGUGGAUAGGCCCUCGUGAUGGCACCACACAACCCCAGCUUGUCCUGCCCAAUGUCAAUGUCCAAAAAAUGGCAGUGAUGAACGACAAGAUCAUUGCGCAAGUACACGAUAACAAGCAGCACAUGCUCAUUGCAUACGAUGUCCAGCCUUUGAUUAAGAGUCAGCGUGUCGACUGGUGCAUGAUCAAACGGUCUUCUGUGAUAUGCUUUGCCAUAGGUCAGAUCAGAAGCCAACCUGUCAUUGUAUACCUCACCAAGCGAUUACAAACCACAUGGCUGGUGAUUAUCGUCCAAAAUGAAAAGCCCUGCACAAAAAAUCACUGGUACAAAAAGUACAGAACCGAGUACUUGGUCUCGAUCAAGGAACCCAAUGACAUCCAAAUCAUGUACGAUGCUGUCUUUGUUAGGUCGGAGCGAUACGGCGUAGAGCGAGUCGAUAUCUUCAAGGAUCCCUCUGCUAUUCUGAAUUCAGCAACGCAUUGGGUGUAUCUCGGCAUGAACACAGGCUUGAUUACAUGCAAAGACAGAGGCAUUGUAUGCGAUCAACAGCAUGCUUACUCUGUGUCCUUGUUUGAGAGUGGCGGCGCAUUGGUCAAGAUCAAAUUCGAAUGUCAAAUUCAGCAAGUGGCCGUCGUAUAUCCUUAUUUGAUUGCAUUUUCACCCAAUGUCAUUGAGAUUAGAGACAUAGAAACAACCGAGCUGGUUCAAGCCAUCCAAGGUCAGCGUAUCAAAUUCAUAUCCACAACAAAUGACUAUAGUCAACCACUGUAUUAUACUAUGGCAAAUACAGCAGAUUCCAGAAUAACAUCUAUAUAUCAGUUGCAACUCACGUUGUAA